CCCUCACAACAGCGGUUGUCACGGUGACGCGUUGCUCCACAGAAAUCAAGAAGUUGCUCUUCCUCAGGUUGAAGUUUAUGAGACAGGCUGUCCCACCUCAGCACCUUUUUAAAAGUACAGUGGAACCUUUAUUUAGGGUAAAGUGACGGAUAGUGCAGUGUGUUUAACUCCGUGUGUCAUUUCAAACAAUAAUAUAACUUGUAGCGUCAGCUUACAUGGAAACACUUCAGACUGUUCAUAUAUGCAUCAUCAGGAGCUGAGUGUUUCUCAUGGAAAGUGUUCCAGUGGAAUCGGACCCUGUGGCGAGUAUGUCAGAAACUGGUCUUUGUGAUCCACAGCCGGUCUCUGAUGGAGCAGGUACAGAUAAAAGAAAAGAACAUGUCAUUCUCCUUGAGAGUGAUGUGUUGUCCAUGGAGCAUGGUUUGGAAAAGAGGUCAGGUUCUACGGGAGAUAUCACGACACACACAGAUGACAGCUCCUAUUACAUCACAUGGACUGUUUACAUCGCCCUAGCUGUCCCAAGAAACGAGGAGCCUGAUGUUGCUGAAACUCCAGAAAAGGCCAAAAAAAGAAAUGAAGGUUCAUCUUCUGUUUUAAUGAAGACCCAUACAGCUCAGAGCUGCUAUCACAUUGAAUAUGAGCUGCUGCCAGGCGAUACAGAGACAGUGAAAGUGGAUCUGGUCAUGUUUGGACCGGUGGCAAAAAUGUACAAAGAAGAUGAGGUUAAGAUUCUCAGAACAUGGCAUGAAGGAGAGCAGAUAUGGGUCGGUUUGACUCAGAAAGUCAAUGUUAAAGUCAACAGGGACAUGCUGAUCGGUCUAUUGUCUCAUAAGAUAAAGCUCCAGGUUUGGAACAGUAAGGAUAAACUGUCCAGCCAGGCCCGCUAUGACAGACUGAAAGCCCUGAGACUGCCACAUGAUCCACCUGAGGAUUCAACGGACAUGUGUGGUGGAACUAAGUCUAUAUUAAACAAAGUGAGAAGCUUGUGGCAGAAGAAGUCAAACAUGUCCAAAAAGAUAAAACGUGAUCCACUUUUUAGCUCCAGUUUGGUUGAGCUGGACUCUGAAACAGGUUUUCAUAAAAUCCCAUUAGAUGGUUCCAACUUUGAGGAUUUGAUCAAGAAUGGCACUGCCUCAGCGGAAAUGAAUCCUGUCCAUUUGUUGGCAGGUGAGACCUCUUUGACUGAACGCUUCCCAGUCUGUACAGCUGGGGUAUUUGAGCUGAUGUGCAACAUUUCUCUGGACAGACCAUUAAUAUCUGACAAAUUGAAGGCUGAACUCAAUCCACUGGUCAUCAACAUUUUGUCAGCCACCUCGUUGCCGUCAUCACCAGUCCCCUUCCACGUCCUGCAGGAGAGAUGUGUGCCAGUUUACUGCCAGUACAAGUUUCAUAACUUGACAACACACAGAACAAAUCACCACAAACACAGCACCAACAUCUACUUCAGAGAUGUGAAUGUGAUCCUGACUGGCUUGAUGAGUCCUACAGAAUUCAAAGAGUUCCUCUCUGGUCCACCUCUGGAAGUAGAGGUUCAUGAUCGUGACUCUAAGUUUGAAGAACUACCAAAACCUCGAGCAUUGUUUGGUACAGGGACAGAUCAUGACAUCCAAUGGGAUAUGGCACAAUCCAAGCAGAGGACUUCGGUCUUCAAUUCUUAUGGUAUUGCUAGCCUGAACCUCUCGGAGCUGCUGCUUGGGAAGAAAAGCCUGAAGGUGCAAGUACCAAUCAAAUGCUGCCCUCAACCUCUAACGCUGCACACUGAGCGGACCGCUCAGGACAGGAAUGUGUCACACACAGCAGCCAGCAGACACCCCAUGCCACAAGGCCAUUAUUUUGAUGCCAAUUCCACACUCAAAGUCAAGGUUGAGCUAGCUUAUGCACUCAAUGCUGAGAGAGACAGCUGUGAGGAGGGCACAGAUGAGAGACCAUUUGGGCGCAUUGUCUACCUCUUUGAUUACAACAACUUCUCUGUAAUGAGCAAACUUAAGUCAGAGAUCCUCAGAAUCAAUGCAUCAGCCUUCAAUCUGGGCUCGCGCUCCCUGGAAAAUAUAGAGAGAGCCCUAUCAAAUUACAUAAUGAAUUUCAAGCUUGAUGAAAGCCAAGAUCUGGACUUUGUUACAGGAUUCCAUGUGGUGGAUAAGAGGAGACACAUUUUUGUUCUUGAAGGGCUGAAACAUAAAGCAGUGCAAAGACUCUGGGAGUCUGUCCCGAUGAAGCAAAGUGGGAGUGCAGAGGAGCAGGUGAUAGUCCUCUACAACUCAAACAUGAGUUUCUUCAAGCGCCUCUAUGACUCAUUAGACAUGACCCUGAGUCCUGUAUAUUUAGAUGAGCCACUAGAGACCAUCAUGAGACAACCUCUCAUCUACAUUAGAGGCACAGUCCCCACACCAUGCUUCCAAGCUUUGACAAGGUUAAGCCAGCUCUGUCAAAUAAGGCAACUCAAAUACGUGGUGCAGAGCAACCUCUUCCCUACGGCUGACAUGAUUCUCAGGAUGAACAAAGAAUAUGGCAUGGAUGAGAUGCAGUGGAAGCAACAAGCUGAUGCCAAAACCGAGGUUGACAUCCUGACUCUGCCUGUUCGGACUAAAAGACAUGCGCCGCUCGACAUGCACAACAGAGAUUACAUGAAGAGGAAACACAGCAGCCAGCAGCUGCCUCGGAGACACUUCAAAGACUUCAUUCAGGACAAUAUUAAAAAGGUGCAAGAGGAAAGUGAGAGGCUGCAGAGGCCUGAGGCUGCUGUGCUGAGGAUGGACCAGAGUUCGGACAGACCAGUAUACAACUACAGCACCCAGACACUCAACUCAAAGGAGCAGACCAUGGAGCUGAUCCGCAGGGAGAUGGUCCAGGUACCAGGGCGAAGGUUUACCUACAGUCAGCAGUAUCACAGUGCCACAGUGGAGCCAGGACCAGUGCUCAGUAAAGCUGACUCCAGCUCCACUCACACAACUACAGUCUGGAUCUCAAGCAUGGGCGGCAACAGGUGCAAAGGUCAUCCAAAACACCCUGAUGAGGCUCGAGUGGUGGAGCUGAGGAAGCCUUGGAGAGAGAACAUCCUUCAUGCCAACUUACUGAAGCCCACACUUACUCGAGAUUUAUGGGCCUGGAGCCAGCGCCAUGAAGACUUUCAGCUCCACAGCAAACCUCAUCCUGUUUUCAGCCCAUCGCCUCUCUCUAUUCACCUGGCUGGAGACCCUCUGCGUCAGGAGCAACUGGAGGCCGCCAGAGUUCAGUACAGUCGCUGGCUGGAGAAGCUGCUUCCUGACAGCAGCACCAAACCACCAGGCAAAUCCCCCUGUUCACAGUUCAAGUGCCACAUCGGAAACUCCCAGAGACUUCAGGACAUACUGAAAGAUGAGCCUCAGAAGUAUUCACUGAGGAGACCAGGCAUGAUACUGAAGCCUUUGCCCCAACUGUCUGUGAUGAACUUUGGAGCUGACAAAGCAGAGGAAGAGAGGAGUGUGGCCCUGGCUCCGGGCCCCUGUGUGGACUGCAGUCUAAGCAGCAAACACAACGCCAUCCCCAGACACCCCUCUCAGUACAGCAAGUACCAUCACAUGUCAGUUGGAUUCAGAAAGCAGCAUUCACUCCUGUAUAAACGGACCGCUCCUCCUCUGACAGACCAUGAGAAGAAUAUCUUCUAUUUCCAAAAGGACGACAUGAAGGCAUGUUUCACUGAAGCCCAGCCUGCAGGGGAUACUGUAGAAGCUACUAUAUUAUACACCAAAUAGGCUUUAAAGAAUAAAAUUAGCGUCUUGUGGCAGACUGA